AUGGCUGACGAAGGACAUAAUGGAAAUGCUACUGGAGAAGUUGAGCCAGAGAACUUCCGCAAGAUCUUCGUUGGAGGCCUCACUGGAAAUACUACGGAUGAGGUCAUGCGCGAGUUCUACCAACAGUUUGGAGAGUUGACUGAUAUCAUCGUUAUGCGGGAUCCUAACACAAAACGGUCCAGAGGAUUCGGAUUCGUGACGUUCGCUUGUAAAGCAAAUGUGGAUGCCGCGAUGGCCGCUCGCCCACAUGUUAUCGAUGGCAAAACAGUUGACCCAAAAAGAGCGGUGCCGAGAGAUGAUAAGAAUCGCAACGAGUCAAAUGUGUCCACGAAGCGUCUUUACGUAAGCGGUGUUCGCGAGGACCAUACAGAGGAGAUGUUUACCGAGUACUUCGGAAAGUACGGGAAUGUUGUGAAGUCGGAAAUCAUCCUGGACAAAGUCACCAAUAAGCCGCGUGGAUUCGGUUUCGUCACCUUCGAUGACUACGAUCCAGUGGAUCAGUGCGUUCUGCUGCGUAGCCACAUGAUCAACGGCUUCAGAUGCGACGUGAAGAAGGGUCUUUCCAAGGAUGAAAUGAAUAAAGUAGCUCAAACCAGCCGUGACCGUGUGGAUCGUAUGGGACGCUCCCGCGGAGAUGCUCGUGGAGGUGGACCAGGAGGUUGGGGUGGAACGACUCGUGGUGGUUACGGAGCACAGGGUGGGUACGGUGCCACAGCUGCAAAACCUACAACUACAGGUUAUGGUGGACCUCCAGGAGGAGGGUAUGGCCAGCAAAGUUAUGGAGGAUAUGGUCAACAAGGAUGGGGAGAUCAAGCCGGAGCUGGAUGGGGACAGCAGGCAGGUGGUGGCUGGGGAGGACAAAGUGGUGGCUGGGGCCAAGCAGCCGGAGGAUGGACUGGCCAGCCAUCUGGUCAACAGCAAUGGGCAAAUGCUCAAGGCGCGUUUGGUUUGGUGGCUGCGGGGCGAGCGCCUUCACAAUUCAUACAAGCGGGUGAAAGAGAAUUCCUGUGUGAGAUAGAAGAGGCGUCGAAUGUCAACCACGUGGUGGUCUUCAUCACCGGUGUGCACCCUUUUCCAGAUGGAUUGGGAGGUUCAGUGUAUGUUCGGUGGCCAUCACCUGGCGGCCAGGAUGCUGGUUGGCACUACCUUGGUUUCAUAUGUAACAUGAAGCCUAGCGUCAUUUUCAAAAUCGCUCAGCUCCACUUGUCUGAAGUUCGCCAUACGGGUGUAUUUAGUGGAGGUAUGAGUGCUGGAGCAUCAGGAUCAGUACAGAUAGGCAUAAUGGUGGAGCCACUUUCUGCUAUCGAAGGACGAGAAGCUGCUGAAGGAACUCAAACCAGUCAGCAGUCAACACUGAGCGAAUUCGCGGAAACUUUACUGCGCAACUUGGUGAAUCAUGCUGAGUCCUACACAACACGAUUGCCUAGACCGGAUGGACAAGGAUUUGCUGACUACAUCCCGGUUUCGGCGCUACAAGAAUGGUACAACAACUUUCAGCGGCGAUUCCAGCAGAAUCCAUAUUUCUGGAGAUCUCUUCGUAAUGUGUAG